AUGGCACCUACAUACACAAACUCCAAUGGAUGUCCUAUCCCAGAGCCUUUUGCCACACAGAGAAUUGGCCAGCAUGGUCCUCUCUUGUUGCAGGACUUCAACUUGAUUGAUUCUUUGGCUCAUUUCGACAGAGAAAGAAUUCCCGAGAGAGUGGUCCACGCUAAGGGUUCCGGUGCUUACGGUGUCUUUGAGGUCACUGACGAUAUCACCGACAUUUGUUCCGCCAAGUUCUUGGACACUGUCGGUAAGAAGACCAAGAUUUUCACGAGAUUCUCCACUGUGGGUGGUGAGCUGGGUUCUGCCGACACUGCCAGAGAUCCAAGAGGUUUUGCUACCAAGUUCUACACUGAGGAUGGUAACUUGGAUCUCGUGUACAACAACACGCCGGUUUUCUUCAUCAGAGACCCAUCCAAGUUCCCUCACUUUAUCCACACCCAAAAGAGAAACCCAGAAACCCACUUGAAGGACGCCAACAUGUUCUGGGACUACUUGACCAACAAUGAGGAGUCUAUCCACCAGGUUGUGACUUUGUUCUCAGACCGUGGUACUCCAGCCUCCUACAGAGAAAUGAACGGUUACUCUGGUCACACCUACAAGUGGUCCACCAAGGACGGUAAGUGGUUCUACGUUCAGGUCCACUUCAUCACCGAUCAGGGUAUCAAGACCCUCAACAACGAGGAGGCCGGUGAAUUGGCUGGCUCUAAUCCAGAUUACGCUCAGGAGGACUUGUUUAAGAACAUUGCCAAGGGUAACUUCCCAUCGUGGACUUGUUACGUCCAGACCAUGACCCAGGAGCAGGCUAAGGAGGCUGACUUCUCUGUGUUUGACUUGACCAAGGUUUGGCCACACAAGAAGUACCCAAUGAGAAGAUUUGGUAAGUUCACAUUGAACGAGAACCCAAAGAACUACUUUGCCGAGGUUGAGCAGGCUGCAUUUGCUCCAUCGCACACCGUGCCAUACAUGGAGGCUUCUGCCGACCCAGUGUUGCAGUCGAGAUUGUUCUCUUACGCCGACACACACAGACACAGAUUGGGCACCAACUACACCCAGAUUCCAGUCAACUGUCCAGUGACUGGUGCUGUGUACAACCCACACAUGAGAGACGGAGCCAUGAACGUCAACGGCAACCUUGGCAGUGCACCAAACUACAUCUCCUCAUCUCACCCAGUUGAAUUCAAGCAGUUCAGCCUUCAGGAGGAGCAGGAAGUGUGGACAGGAGCCGCAUGUCCAUUCCACUGGAAGGCCACUUCCGCCGACUACAAGCAGGCCCAAGAGUUGUACAAGGUUUUGGCUAAAUACCCCAACCAGCAGAAAAACUUGGCCCACAACAUUGCUGUGCAUGUUCUGGCUGCCAACACUGACAUUCAGGACAGAGUGUUCAAGUACUUUGCCAAUGUUAGCAGUGAGUUGAGCGAGAACAUCAAGAAGGAGGUUCUUGAGUUGUCUCCACGUAAGUAG